AUGGCAAACGUACAACCCCCUAAGAAGAAGCUGCAAAUCCUCUUCCACGCCAUGGACGGCACUGGCCAUCUGAAUGCUUGUGUGGGCAUGGCAGAGGCACUGAUUAAACGAGGCCACUCGGUCCUCUUUCUCGUCAAUGCCGCUUUCAAGGGUCAAUUUUCUAAGUAUGGUUUUGAAGAGCUGACCCUAGAGCGGGCGAAAAAAGAAGGAGAAGAUAAGGGAAAGGGAAAAGGAGGAAAUGGCCCUUCUGAAGAGCAGGUCAACCCAGUGAAAGCUUUUGCCAAGAUGAUUCUCAAGUCGGGCAUGCUCAACGACAAGACGCCACUUGAACGGGUGAAGGAGAUGGCAGAGAAGCGAGCCAAAGGAGAUGACAAAGACCAGGAAUUUAUCAAAUCGCUCUACGAAUCAACAGUCGAUUUUAAUCCACAAAUCAAGCGGGCGAUUGAGGAACGCAAACCCGACCUUUUCAUUCUAGAUCACUUUUUGAUUCCGCCCUGUUUGCCUGAGUCGGGUGUUCCGUGGCUGUACCUGUUUAGCGGAAACCCGAUUGCUAUUUAUGGAUCUAAGGACUUGCCGCCCUUUACUACUGGUUACCCAACUGACAGUGACCGGGCCCUUUGGGAUGAGUUCCUUUCAUAUAAAAACUCCAUGGGUGACUCCUUUCACAAGUACCAGCAGAAAUUGUAUGAACACUUUGGCUAUGAAGCAACAGAAGAGGAUUUUCCAAAGAAAGAUGGAGGUAUUUUUCCGCAGUGCAAGUACGGCUACGUUUACGGGUAUCCAAAGGAACUCGAUUACCAGGACCUGAUCCCCAUUCCCGAGAAGUUCAUCGGCAUGGAUGCCUUCUGUCGAGAGACCAAGCCAGCAGAGCCAUUCAAACUGCCUGAAGGUUUUGCCAAAGAAGGUGAAAAGCUGAUCUUCUUCAGUCUAGGAAGUAUGGGCAGUGUUGACGUUGAGCUGGUGAAACGGGUCACCUCGAUCCUCUCCUCGAAAACUCCAUACAAAACCAUCGUCUCUAAGGGACCACUGGCUGAUGAGUAUGAACUCCCAGAACGGUGUUGGGGUGAGGGUUUCCUUCCCCAAACUCAAAUUCUACCUCUUGUUGAUUUGGUCAUCACUCACGGUGGAAACAACACCGUCACCGAGACCUUCAGCUUUGGCAAGCCACAAAUUGUACUCCCAUUGUUCGGAGACCAGUACGACAACGCCCAACGACUGACUGAGAAAGGCUUUGGACGUCGUCUGGAGACGUACAAGUUCAAAGAUCAGGAGCUGGUGGACGCUGUGGAGGCGCUGAUCAAUGAUCAAAAGCUCAAGGAGCGAUUGGAAGCAGCUGCCAAGCGGAUUGCCGCUGACCGCAGCAAAGAGGUCGCAUGCAUGAAGAUUGAGGCAGUUGCAGAGAAGUACGCAAAGUGA